CCAAGUUCUGGCGCGGGCGGGGACGACUAGCAUUUAUCACUUCCAGCAAGUGCCGGAGCUCGGCCCCGCACCGAAGAGGCUGCGGUGCGGGUGGGCGCGGGAGCUGGCCUUGUGGGGACCCCGGGGGGGAGGGGGAGCCAGAAAGCCCCCGCCGAGGCCGUCGCUGCGGGGCCUCCCCUCCCCCCUGGGCGGGCGCCAUGCGGGGGGGCUCAGGCGACGCGGAGCGGCGGCAGCGCUGGGGUCGCCUAUUCGAGGAACUAGACAGCAACAAGGAUGGCCGCGUGGACGUGCACGAGUUGCGCCAGGGGCUGGCCAGGCUGGGAAGGGGAGAUCCGGACCGUGCACAGCAGGGCGUCUCCUCUGACUGGGAUGCUGAUCCUGAUGGUGGCCUCAGCCUGGAGGAGUUUACUCGCUACCUGCAGGAACGGGAGCAGCGCCUUCUGCUCAUGUUUCACAGCCUUGACCGGAACCAAGAUGGUCACAUAGAUGUCUCUGAGAUUCAACAGAGCUUCCGCGCACUAGGUAUCUCCAUCUCACUGGAGCAAGCAGAGAAAAUCCUACACAGCAUGGACCGCGAUGGCACCAUGACCAUUGAUUGGCAGGAAUGGCGAGACCACUUUCUGCUGCACUCUCUGGAGAACGUGGAGGAUGUCCUGUAUUUCUGGAAGCAUUCUACAGUCCUGGACAUCGGUGAAUGCCUGACGGUGCCCGAUGAGUUCUCCAAGCAAGAGAAACUUACAGGAAUGUGGUGGAAACAGCUGGUGGCUGGUGCAGUGGCUGGCGCUGUGUCACGGACAGGCACAGCUCCUCUGGACCGACUCAAGGUAUUCAUGCAGGUCCAUGCCUCAAAGUCCAACCGACUCAACAUUCUAGGGGGCCUGAGAAACAUGAUUCAAGAAGGGGGAGUCUUGUCCCUCUGGCGGGGCAACGGCAUCAACGUGCUCAAGAUAGCCCCUGAGUCUGCCAUCAAAUUCAUGGCUUAUGAACAGAUCAAGCGGGCCAUCCGGGGGCAACAGGAGACACUGCACGUUCAGGAGCGCUUCGUGGCUGGUUCCCUGGCCGGGGCCACAGCUCAAACCAUCAUAUACCCCAUGGAGGUACUAAAGACUCGGCUGACUCUACGCAGAACCGGCCAGUACAAGGGGCUCCUGGACUGUGCAAGGCGGAUCUUAGAACGUGAAGGGCCCCGCGCCUUCUACCGUGGCUACCUGCCUAAUGUGCUGGGCAUCAUCCCCUAUGCGGGAAUCGACCUAGCUGUCUACGAGACCCUGAAGAAUCGCUGGCUUCAGCAGUACAGCCACGAAUCAGCUAACCCAGGCAUUCUCGUGCUCCUAGCCUGUGGCACCAUCUCCAGCACCUGUGGCCAGAUUGCCAGUUACCCUCUGGCACUGGUCCGUACCCGAAUGCAGGCCCAAGCCUCCAUUGAAGGUGGCCCACAGGUCUCCAUGGUGGGUCUACUUCGACACAUCCUGUCCCAGGAGGGUGUAUGGGGCCUCUACCGGGGCAUUGCCCCCAACUUCAUGAAGGUCAUUCCAGCCGUGAGCAUCUCCUACGUGGUCUACGAGAACAUGAAGCAGGCUCUGGGGGUCACAUCCAGGUGAGGGACAGGGAGCCUGUCCCCCUAAAACUCCCUCAUCUUCAUCAUGGUAUCCCCUACGCUGAUAUAUUCAACCACAGAGACUGAUGGCCUGACCAGUGGAUCCUAACCCCACACCCCAAGGCACUGGACCCCAGUACCCAAAUCCCAGAUCCUAGCCCUGUGUCCUGACCAUGGUACCACUGCACCCCACACUUGAGCCACAGGAUUCCAGGACUUGAUCCCCAACUUCACAACCAGACCUCGAAGCCCCAACCACUGGACCCCACAUAUCAGCAGCCUGACACUUGAGAUGUAAAACUGUCCAUACCCUGGCCCCAAACCCUUCUUCCCAAGCACCUUGACCCUGUCAUCUACACCCCAAAGCUGGACCCUGCUUUUCCCUGCCCCACUGGGUGCUGGGCCUCACUAUGCAGCAGCAGGUGACCCCAAUGCCCCAAGCAUGGGGGCACUCAUCCAUGUACCCCAUAGCCCAGCUCUCAGAGCCCUCAGGCACCAGACCCAGGGCCCUAAUGUCACACUGGACCAGAGAUCCCUAAACUUGCUGCUGAGUUCCCUGUAACCUGCCUCACAGCCCAGCCCCUGGAUUCUAGGAGCCAAGAACUCUCAGCCACAGGGUCCUGACACGGCAAAGCCAAGAUCCUGGGCUCUGCCCCUGGGUCCCUGGAUCCCUGAAUUACAGGUCCCUUAACCCAACCAAUACAUUUUCCCCUGUUUGGGGUUCCAUAUCCUCCCAUUUUUUUACUGCUAGGUCUACAUUCCAAGCACCACCCUCAAUCUCUCACCACUGGACCCCAAGUCCCAAUCCACUGGAUUCUGUCUCCUGGAAGCAUGGGUGCGAGAGCUCCAGGGUCCCUCAUGUGGAUCCCACAUGCCCCAGCUGCUAAAUUCCAGAUCCCAGAUUCCUUCAACCCCUUCUCUGGACCACAUCCAUAGAAGGCCAAACUUCCAAACACCUUCAGACUCCAAGGUCUUUGCUCCUAUACCCCAAAUGUCACUCCUCAAGUCUAGAUCCCAAUAGCCCAGUGACAGCAUCUCAUAUCCCAGACACACCCUGGAACUGAUUCCCAAUGCAUGGAAGCAUGCCAUCCAAAGAGUCUUCUAGAAGCUCAGACCCCAGACCAGUGGCAGUAAGGAAUGGGACAUAUGAAUGCUGCACCUCAGCUAGGACACACCUCCCUUCCCACCACCACCCCCCAAAUCACUUUGUUCCCCGUCCCCCUCUCUCUUCAAUGUCUUCCACAUUCCCCUGCCUUCCUUUCAGGCUAGUAACUCCCAGAUCCCAGUCCCUCUGGGAGGGCUGAAUCUGCUUGUUCAUGGGUUGGGAGCUACCAGGGGAAGUCAGGGACACCACCAAGGGGACCAUCUGCCUCUCACACUGCCAGUCCUGCUCAGGCCUCAGAAAGUCACAAUCAAGGACCAACACACAACAUCCUUCCUGAAACCCAGCAUCCAGUAUGCAAAUUAAGUAUCCCCAAGCUGACUCGGAGUCUAUUUUUCUAUCAGAGAACAAAGUCCCCUGCUCCCACCACAUUCCCAUACCCUCCACACUUCAAGAUUGGAUUCUGAGCUUAGACCUGGGGUACCCCGCUCCACCUCUCAGUCUUUAGGGGAACCUCAUCAAUGGACUGAGAGGAAAACUGGGAUGUUGGGGGGCAUGGUUUCCACCUCUCCCUCCAACCUACACCAAGUCCUACCUCCCUGCCCAUGUGUGUCAUUUCAAGGAAAAAAAGAAUAAAUUUUCUAAGCUAUUA